AUUAAGGUGAGAAGGAACAAGAGAACAUAACCAGACUCCUCACCUAAAUCCAGAAGUGUUACCUGAAAAGAAAAAGGUGACAGGUAACGUUAGCUCAUUAAAAUACUCCUGAACACAUCUGAACAAGAAAUAAAAAAAACAGCCAGGUGAGAAGGAACAGGUGAACACGGUCAGCUUGCUCACCUAUACCCGGAAGUGUUACUAUAUAGUUUACGGUGAAGUGUGAAUGUGUUGCCAAUAAAAAAAUGCGUUUCGGGGAAGUGGAUGACUAAUCGAAGUCCAUCACAGGCCCUAUCAAAGCUUCAGAAGAGGAGGAGGGUUAGAAAAAGCACCUUCACGGUCUAUAAGUUCCCCGCACGUAGUACCUGUUUUGAAAUUCUGACAGGUAAAAAAAAGGGCAGUGUUGUUGGAAAGGUGCGCCCAAUACUACGCCUUGGUGCUUAAAUUCGUGUCCAUUUAAUCAUGACAGGUAAAAUCAUUCCCCUUCACUAAUUAAAAGCGACACCUCACCACCCUUCCCCCUCCCCCAUCUCAUAGGCGCCACACCACCAUGCCAAAGCUACCCUAACCCAGAUCAUUUAGACACUCCUUAAACACAUGGAGUAAAGAAUCAGCCAGGUGUAAAGGAACAGAGAAGGAAACUUGACCGAGCCUAAAGGAAUGUAACCUAACCAAAACCAAACCAAACUAACUCAACCCAACGCUAGCCAAACCAACCAAACCAUAAACAAGCUCAACCAAACUAAACCUAAUCAAACCAAACUGAACCUAACCUAAAGUAAGCGAACUCAAUUUAACCUCAAGUGUCUCAAAAUACAAAGAAAAACACAAUAAGACAACCAUAACCUAACCAACCCAACCCAACGCAUGCCAAAUGGACCACAACCAACUCAACCGAACCAAAUCAAACGAAACUGAACCUAACCUAAAGUAAUCGAACUUAACCUCAAGUAUCUCCUAAUUUAAAAAAAAAAAAAAGUAAAAGCACGAUGAGAUAACUAUAAAACAAAACAGAAGCACUUAAUAACACGCUGAUCAUUUUGUGUGUGUGUCUGUAGGUUAUUGGUGAGUCUGUACCGCUAGGUGGAGGCGUGGCUCACACCUCAUGGACCUCCCAACACACGGAGCAAUUUGAGGUGUGUACGAACGUCGCCAGCACACCUGUGGACACAACACCUGGUGCAGCAGAGCGACACCUGCACCGUGAAACACAUGCUGAGUAAGGUGCGAGGGAGAACACAGUACCGGGUGACUAGUGUAUCGGGCUCUGUGCUCCUGUGGGCUCUGUUGCCGCUUCCUGGGGGCUCCUGGACAGCUGCAGGGUGACGCAACAUUGCAACUUGGCCCUUGUUUGUGUUGAUUUGUACAGAUAUACUUACAGACACCUGCUAACGGUACAACUACGUGGCACCGGGCGAUACGCACACACACGAGGCGUCUUGGUGUGUGUUAAACGAAAGCUGCUACUGGUAAAAGACGACAGCCUUUGAAUAGUACGGAAGUGUGACGGACCUCCUGAUAUCCCUCUGACUACUUCGUUCUCGUCCUCCUGCUCGUCCUCGUCCUCGUCGUCGUGUCAUGAGGAAAACAGCAAUGACGGAGACUAGAGCAGAGGAAACAUAGAACACACCAACGUUAUCAUCAUCACCUGCUCACAUGAUUACCUGAACUCCACUAUUUGACAAGCACCAAAACCUUACAUCAGCACUUCACCAGCGCCUGAAGUAGCACCAGCACUUCGCUACACCAAGAACAGAAGAACAAAUGAACAUCACCUGAGAAGAAUAAGCUACAAGACUUUACAUUAACACUUAAAGAAACACAAAUAAGAACACCAACACCGACCACACCAUUCUCAACACCUGCAAGAACAUCACAAAACUCACCUGGACCUUGCAACAUCACCUGGAUAAAACACUUGAGAAGAAUACACUGCAACACCUAAAAUAUCAACCUCUCAAAAAAACAAAAACACCAACACCAAUACUCCAUUACACCAUACACCUGCCUAAAAGUACACCUGUAAAAACAACACCUGCACAAAACACCUGAGAAUACACUAAACCUUACAUCUCAACCUUAAAACAAACAAAAACAACAACACUCCAACACCUGAACAAGACUAACAAACAACACCUGAAAAAAAGGAAAGGAGGAAAAAAGCUACAACCAUAUAAACUCCACUUCGAAAGCCCACCACCACAACCAAAACCAACAACACUUCAGCACCACUUCCACCUCGGCGCAAUGGUUCUAGUGGAGCUGCUCUCGAGUCUAAGUGGGCUGGUGAAGGUGAAGGGAAGGGCGGACAUCGAUAAUGCCGUCUUUAAGCUGCACUACAGGCUCACCUCCUCCCUGCUCUUCUGCUUCUGUCUCCUCGUCACAGCCAACAGCCUCAUCGGUGACCCCAUCAACUGUGUGCAGGGUGACCACGCCAUGUUGAAGCAAAAGGUGGUUAACACAUACUGUUGGAUCCACUCCACCUUCACGCUGCCCAAAUACAUCAACAAAAACUAUGGGAGAGGUACGGGCGUGAUCCACCCCGGGAUAGGCCCACACACCAACGAGGACGACAAGGUGUACCACGCUUAUUACCAGUGGGUGCCUUUCGUCCUCUUCCUCCAGGGCCUCAUGUUCUACACGCCGCACUGGCUCUGGAAGACGUGGGAGGGAGGCAAGCUGGAGUCUAUCGUGAUGGGUCUGUCGCUGCCGGUCAUGAACAAGGAGGAGCGGCGGGAGAAGAUCCACCUGCUGGCUGACUACUUGCACGCUUCCAUGCACUGCCACAACUUCUACGCCGUCAAGUUCUUCCUGUGCGAGGUGCUCAACCUGACCAACUCGAUGUUCAACAUGUGGUUCAUGAACAAGUUCCUAGGCGGCAUGUUCUUCACAUACGGUAUCGACGUGUUGGCCUUCACCGAGACCAACCAGGAGUACCGGACUGACCCUAUGAUCGUGCUGUUCCCGAGGAUCACCAAGUGCUCUUUCAACAUGUACGGCCCCUCAGGCACCAUCGAGACCCACGACCUCAUGUGCGUGCUGGCCCUCAACAUCAUCAACGAGAAGGUCUACGUCUUCCUCUGGUUCUGGUUCCUGAUCCUGGCCGGCAUCAGCACCCUCGCCCUGGCCUACCGCCUCCUUGUCUUCUGCAUCCCCGCCAUCCGCUCGGGACUCCUGCAGAAGCGUGCCAGAAUCCGCUACAAAACGGGCGUGGAAGUCAUCGCCUCCAAGCUGCAGGUCGGCGACUUCUUCCUCCUGUACCUUCUGAGCAAGAAUGUGGAGCUGCUCUCCUUCAGCACACUCAUGGAGGAGCUGUCCAACCGCCUCGUCAAGAAAAACCCUGACCUUGAGAUGACGCCGCGCCCCGUGCCCAGCGUCGAGGCCUAUCACCUCAUGAGCGAAAACGCGUGACGCCUCCCAGCGCGCCCUGCCCCGCCACCCCCGUCGUCACCCCUGGACGAUGGAUACAAAACAUUUACCUCUGUACGAUAAUGCCGUAGCGUGUAAGGAACCUAAGCUAAGGUACGUUGAGCUGCGAGGUAUGAAGCGGCAACCGGCUGCGUUAUUUAUUACCACGAAGAAGGCAAGCGCGAGCGUCCCUCAAGUUACGCCUUUGCAUGUAUAUAAAUAAUUUAAGCUAGUGGACACGUUGCCGCAGGGUGGGAGGCAGGGCCUGCCUUUUGGGUCCCCCUCAUUCCUGGCAACACCCAGGAACAUUGCUGUACAAACUAAUGUGUGCCUCUGUACUAUAUCCCUGAAGUGUUAUGUAGACGUAAGCUUGGACGGGUGGCCGCGGCGACAAACUUUUUUUUUUUUUUUGCCAAAUAAAAGAUAAUUAGGUUUUCUCUCUUCUGGUAGGCUUUCGUGGACGCCCCCGAAUCGUCUGCACACAAGCCCUUCUGUAUCCUAUAAACCUAAGUUUGUCAAGACUAAGCUAAGAUCAAGAGACAAAGAAUACAAAUAGAUUCAUAGAUAAAUGAUGAUUUCCAAAUAAAUCAAUGUUCCUCUUCACUCACCCAACGCUAGGCUAUAAAUGAACAUUUCCAAGUAAAAAUGUGUUCCUCUUCUGAUUAGGCUAACGUGGAUGCCCCGCUUAGUCACCCAACGCUAGGCUAUGACAAUACAUUUCCAAACAAAUAAGUUCCGCUUUUGAUAAGGCUAACGUUGAUGCCUCACUGUCACCCAAUGCUAAUCUGAGACAGGUUGCUUAAAUCAUACUGCUGAGGUGACAAAAAAAAAAUAACAAGUAGACAGAGGAUGACGAUUUCGUAGUAGAUAAAUAAAUAGCUAUAGUCAUCUACAUAGGCUAACGUGGAAAUCCUACUGGAGCUGAGUCCUAGGCUAUGAUAAGUUGUUGCAAGGUUUAUGCUGAGGUGAACAAACAAUAACGUGCAUUAUACUUUUCAAAUGAGAUAGUGUUCUGCCUCUUAUUAGGCUAACUCCAGUCUCCAGAAUACAAAGCUCUAAUUUCACCCAUCGCGUCCACAAACGGAUAUUAGGCUAUAAACGUAAGACUUUGCAUCCGACACUAUACCGUAGUCUAUCUGGGUCUUGGUGACGAAUGGGUCUGUUUGUGUUACCAUUUUAUAAUUGUUUUUUUAUGUAUAUAUUUUUAUAUUAUGACCAGCCUGUGUAGGUGUUUUUAGUACAUUAACGAAAGUGAGGCUGAACAAAGCUAAAUGGUGACCAUGGAGGGAAAGGAAAAAUUGGUGACCUUAUUAAGUGGUGGUAAAUUAAAUUUGCUCUCUCGGUCAAUUGUUCGCCAUACCCACAAACAUAUUUCCAAACGAGCUGACACAAAUGUAAACGAUAACCAAGAAUGUACAAUAACAGGUGACCUCACAAUGCGGUGGAAUUGAAUGUUAUCUCUCGACCACCAGUUCACCAUCACCUCAACAUAUUCCGAACAAGUUGACAAUGAUAAACAUCACCAAGGAUAUAUAGAUGAUUAUGACCUGACAAGUGGUGACAAUGGUCUAUACUCUAUACUCUCCCACGAUCACCAACUCACCAUCACCGUACACUGCCGAGAAAAAAAAUUAAGCAAUAUCAAUGGGGAGGAUAGGUUGAAGAAAUUGAUGACUUGACACUAAUCUGCUCUCACUGUCACCAGGUUACCAUCACCACAAUCACUAUCAACACCAAACCCAUCUUCCCCAGUAGAGAUAACACCAACCACUACGGGAACCAGGCCCGAUAAAAGAGCCUGGUGACCUGGAAAGAAAUAUAAUAUUCCUAAAACUGAUAAGAGACCUCCAAUCUUCCUGUCCUUCACUUUCUUCACCAUCACCAAGCCCCGAACAACAGCUUGCAUGGUGACUUAAUAAUGCAGUUCCUGUAAUGAUAUUGAUCCUAAACCUUUCUUCCUCCCAUUUCUUCACUGUCACCAUCAUCACAUUCAUUAUAAUUAUCUUAACAUGUUAGUUUCCUUCCCAAGCCUUAUCCUUUACCGAAGUAGGUGUGUGUGUGUGUGUGUGUGUGUGUGAGAGAGAGAGAGAGAGAGAGAGAGAGAGAGAGAGAGAGAGAGAGAGAGAUUCUUUUUCUAAUGGUAGAUUAUAAGACGACGUGUAAUUUGAAAUA